AUGAUUUCUCCUAAAUACGCAACUACUCAUUAUUACUUGUCUGUCAAGACAUUGUCCCAAUCCAAAACUGCCCCACAUAUUGUAAACUUAUAUUUAGAUUACAAUUGUCCAUUUAGUGCCAAAUUAUUCUUGAAAUUUUAUGGAAAUGUUAUCCCCGAAUUACAAAAGAGAUAUCCAGAUAAGUUUCAAUUUGUUUUUGUCAAUGUUAUUCAACCAUGGCAUACCAAUUCUGUAUUAUUGAACGAAUUUUCCUUAGCUUAUGCUAAAUUAUUACGUGAAAAACAAGCUGAAGUUGAAAUUGAUUCAAUUAGUACUUUUUGGGAUUUCUCUAAGAUAUUAUUUGAAAAUAAAGAACAAUUUUAUGAAACUUCAAAUAUCAAUUUAACUAAAAAUCAAAUUUAUGAACAAAUUUAUGAUGUUGUUGCAGCUACCAAAUUUGAUUUCAAGAUUCCGAAGGAGGCAAUUUUAGAGCAAUUGAUUAUUAAACCAAGCAAAGAACCAAAUAACGAUGGUAAUGGAUCAACCGUUGAUGUUAAAUAUUUUACAAGAUAUCUUAGAGGAGUUGGUGUUCAUAUUACCCCAACUGUUAGUAUUGAUGGAAUUGUUGCUGAUAAUAUUUCUAGUGGAACUCCAGAGGAAGAAUUGAUUGAAAUUUUUGCUAGCAAAUUAUAA